UUUUUUUUCUCGGUGGUUCAGAUUUUCCCAAGUCAAAGGAAAAAAAGAGAGUGAUUCAUUCGGUGGAUGAAAAAAAGUGGUUUUUGGCCAAAACUUUCCCAACCCGCAAGGACACUUUUCAGUGGGUCACUUGACCCGUUUCGACCGGAACCGGAAACAAACGGACACUUUCGGAUAGGGACCAGCCACCACCCAAGGCCGACUGAUCCCAGGAAGGAACCUUUUCUAGAGUUGGGGGCCCAAAACUCUCAACUCAUCCAUUGGUGAAGCCUAAGGCGUUAAAAUUUCAUUACAAGUCAACGGAGAAUUCAUAUCUCUAUCAAAAUGGCACAGGCAACUGGAUUCGCAAGCGAGAGCCGUUCAUGGCGAGAGAACCAGCAACUAUCCGGCAUCAACACUAAACCUGGAACAAUUCCGCCGCUCUUACGGAGGCCUGCCUCAAGGAGACAACAACAGCCAGCAACAGUUCAACAGCUUCGUGGCGUCAAGCGCGUACCAACUGCAGCAGCAUCCGCACGCGUCGGAGUUUUCGGCCGUCAACCAUCCCAGCAGUGGUGGGUUCGGCGAGUCACAGUGGUUCGACACGAUCACGAUGGAGAACGCUUCGCCGUCGCCACCUCCGCUGGAACUGUGGCCAAACUGCAGCAUGUUCAUGGUCGCCACGGAGCCCUGGCCGAGUGGCACCAGCAGCAGAAGCGUUACAACAGGUGAACAGCUCAACACACCACAGCCGGCGAACGGCGACAUCGGUGGAUUUGAUUUUGAAAGCGUUUUCGGCGGCGACAGCGGACGGCCAGAAACGUCCCAGCAGCGAGCGGCGAAAGUUAAUCUAACCAACGUAUUUUCUAAACACGACAUCAACGGCAUCACGAAGAACGAGGGAGAGGACUUCAACAACAACAGCGGCAACAACGGGAAGGGUAACGAUAGCAGCAGCUUACAGCAGAGUGGCUUGAUGGAGCCGCUCUUUUCCAACCACAAAGAGUCCGUCAUUACGGCCGGGUUCGACUCGUGGGAGUUCGAACCCUGCCUGGAGGAGACACUGCUAAGCCCUAUCAGUUACGUGGCUACGCCACACCACAGCACCGGUGUGGCGUCUCCCGGCAGCAGCUCGGGCGAUACGUACUCUCCAAACCAUCGGAGAUCGCUCCAGGAAUCCGAAACUUGCGUCGAUUUCAACAGCAUCCUAUUUUCGCCCAGCUCUCCGAUCGUGGAAGCAAGCGAAGAGGACGACCUGUGCGCGGGAAACCUGCACGAGGAAAUCGAACAACUUUCGAGUUCAUUCUAUUGCACGUCGAACAGCCUGGUGUCGGUGCACAGCGCCGCCCUCACCACCGCCAUCGACGACGUAUCGCCCAGUUUAAUCCGGUUGCUACAGGAGGAAGAUCAACCUCUGACAGCAGCACCGUUGCAACAACAACAACAGCAACCCCCAAGCCAACCUUCCGUUGCCGCCAACUCCUACUUCAGUGAUGCCACCAACGACGGUGAAGAUGAGCAGCAGCAGCAGCAUGUAGAACGCAAGCAGACAGUGGAAGUAGUCGCAGACGACGAAACCCUCGAUGUGAAAACGCAAACGCAACUUGAACACAACUACACUAUUCAGCUACCAAGCGGCGAGGGCACGAACCCGGCUGCCGCUUUUAAGAAACAAACAACUACGGUGAAGGAAGAAAAUCUAGCACUACUAGCAAAGGCGAGAGAGACACUGAAGCCCCAAACCAACGUCCUCCUGCAGCAGCAGCAGCAAUACAGGCGGCCACCAAUCAGCCAGCAAUCGGUCAAACGUCAGCUUUUGCAGCGAAUGAAAAGCCGAAUGGCGGCGUCAUCGGCGGCGGUCCUAGCGGCCCCCGUCCGCAAGGUGCCCAACCUUAAGCUGAAGAUUAUGAACGCCGGAGAGGCGCGCGUCGUAGACGAUUCGGCGGGUCUGCUGACCACCACCCAGGUGGUGCUCAACACGCCGGAUCUGACCGAGAAUCUGCUCGACCUCGAGGACGAGUUCUUGAUCAAGGAGGACAACUUCGAUCUACUCGAGUACAUCGAUUCGGCAACGGGUUACGAUGUCAUCCAUUCCCCGAAGGAGGAGAAACCGGUCAUCAACUUUACGGAACCCGCUCCAGCAUCCUCCACCUCCACCAAUACAACCAGCAGUAAACUCUGCGGCCCCACACUCAGUGACCUGUUCAACCCGGCCAAGCGCAAGCUCCCGACCAUCACGAUCGAGAGCCUGGACGAGCUGACCGCGUCGACGAACGCCGGCAAACGCUUCCGCAGCAGCGCCGCCUCCUCGUCCACGGCUUCGUCCGUGUGCGGGGACAACGGCUCGGAGGCGUCCGCAUCGACUAAGCCGACCAAGCGGCGCGGCCGUCCGCCGAAGCCGGUCGCCUCGGUCCGCGACCGGUCCGAGUACGAGCACCUGAGCGAGGCGGACAUGCGGUACCGCGAGCAGCGGGACAAGAACAACGAGGCGUCCCGGAAGUCGCGCAUCAACCGCAAGGAUCGCGAGUCCAAGCUGGAGGAGGAAGCUUCCGAGCUGAUUGAAAAGUACGAGGUGCUGGAGGGGAAGGAGCGCGAGCUGAUCCGGGAGUGCGCCCGGUGGCGGAAGGCGGUUAUGCGGUUAGCGCUACUGUAAAUGGGACCGUUUUGUGGGCUCCCACCUCCAACCAUCAACAAUGUUAUCUCUCUCGCUUAUAGUUAUUAUUAGUUAACAUGCAGAUGUUUAUUUUUAUUGCAAACCAAUUAUUUUAAUAGAACGUAACAAUAACAAAAA